CUCUAUGGCUAUUGCUACCAAGAUAGCAAUGACAUCCCAGACACACUGACAACCAUCACUGAACUAGGCUCGCCUUUAGAGAUGAUUCAGCUUUUACAGACUUCCUGGGAAGACAGAUUUCGAAUAUGUCUCAGCUUAGUUCGCCUUCUGCAUUAUUUGGCUCACUCUCCACUUGGCUCCGUGACUUUACUGGAUUUUCGCCCUCGGCAGUUUGUGAUCGUGGAUGGGGAACUGAAGGUGACGGAUCUGGAUGAUGCCAGCAUCGAGGAGAGCUCUUGCACCAGUAACAGUGACUGCUUCAUGGAAUUCCCUGCGAGGAACUUCACCCUGCCCUGUUCGGUUGAGGGACGGUGUCAGAGUAUGAACGAAAAGAGGAAUCUCUACAACGCGUACAGGUUUUUUUUUACGUAUCUUCUUCCACACAGUGCUCCAUCCUCACUGAGACCGUUACUGGAUAAGAUAGUCAAUGCAACAGGAGAACUUCACUGGGGAAUAGAUGAGACGGCUGCUCAGCUAGAGAGAGUUUUGAAUCUGUAUAAGAGCGGAGAGUACCUACAGAACACUACCCGGAUGCCGAAAGCUGAGUACAGGCGGGUGCCUGAAGCUUCUAUUCCUGAUGAGAACUACAGAUGCUGGCCAUCUUACCAUCAUAAGGGCUGCCUCCUCUCCGUGUUUGACGUCAAUGAAGCCAUUGAGAUCUGUGACAGCUACUCCCAGUGCAAAGCUUUCGUCCUAACUAACCAGACGACUUGGACAGGUCGGCAGCUUGUCUUCUUCAAGAUGGCCUCAAAUCAUAUCAUGCCUGAUCCUGACAAGAUAACAUAUGUGAAGGUGACAGACUGACACCUAAAGUGGCUCAGUCUGACACGUGAGUGGCAAGAGCUGUUUGUGUAUAAAUAUAGGCAGCUGUUAGGUAGAAGGCGGCUGUGGCCGGAGAGAUAAUUGCACUAUUACUCAUUCUAAUCUAUAGAGUGCUAAACAAAACUUUAAAGAAAUAACCUGCAUGACCAGGAUGAAUGUGCAAUAAAACAACAUUUUGAAAAUGUGAUUUUUUUAAAAAAAAACAAAGCAAAAUACAAGGUAUGAUACACUGUUAGGGUAUAAUUUUGGUUAUAAAUCAGCUGGCAGCUCUGGCUUUUCUAACCAAGGUUAGCAUAAUGUUUCUUACCUGUACGUGUGUACAGGGCUGAAAGUUGAUAAUUUCUAUGGGAAGUCUGUAUCGUCUGUGCUGAUAUUUAUUUGGGCACGUACAAUCACAACAGAGCAACCGAAGCGUAUCAGUUUGUAAGCUGAAUAACAAACGUUACUGAAGACAAUCAGCAUUUGUGUUAAAGCUACCAAAUAU